AUGACGGACAAGCUCCCCCCUCCGCUUCUGGCGCUCUUCCAACCUCGCCCGCCUCUGCGUUAUGUCACCCCCAUCAACCGUGCCCCAGAAGACUGCAAGAAGAGUAGCAUCGGUGGUAUUGCGCAGUUCCUUCCUGAGGUGAAGAAGUAUGAGGAAGAGAUCCCAUAUACGCCUACGGAAAGCUGGAUCCAGCGCAAACUGCGCCAGAAAGUGGAGAAGAAAGAGAACAUUAACAAGCAAUUGACGGAAGGCCUCGAGACCUAUGAACCAUCCAACGACCAACAAGCACGAGGCGACCCGUUCAAGACGCUGUUUGUCGCUAGACUGAGCUACGAUGUCAAGGAAUCGGACCUGGAACGGGAAUUUGGUCGUUUCGGCCCUAUUGAACGGAUUCGCAUCGUGAAAGACACCGUAACGCCAAAGGGCUCGAAGAAACCACACAGGGGAUAUGCUUUUAUUGUCUAUGAGCGCGAAAAGGAUAUGAAAGCUGCCUACAAGGAAACGGAUGGUAUCCGCAUCAAGGACCGCCGUGUCUUGGUAGACGUCGAGCGCGGUCGUACAGUCAAGGGAUGGAAGCCUCGUCGCUUUGGUGGUGGUCUUGGAGGUCGUGGUUACACCAAGGCUUUGCCGUCUCGACCUAUCGGCCCUGGCUCUUUCAACGCCCCCUCUGGUCCCGGCGGCUAUGGUGGUGGAUUCCGGGGUGGGUUCGGUGGCCGAGGUGGUUUCAAGGGAGGAUUCCGCGGUGACCGUGGAUUUGGUGGGCCCCGCGGGGGUGUUGGAUACCAAGGUGGUCGCAACGGAUUCGGUGGAGGCGGACAGGCUCCCCCCAACGCCCCUUCAGGUCCGGGAGGCGGACGCAGCGGUGGGUUUGGUGGUCCCCCUGGCGGCGGCAGAUUUGAGCGUGAACCCCGGGGCGCCACUGGCAGCAACAGAGAACCCAUCAGGCCCCGGGACGGGUUUGGCGACCGCGAUCGUCGAGACCGUGAUCGGGACCGCGACGGUGACCGUCACCGGGACCGUGAUCGGGAUAGUUAUCGCUACCGUGACCGCGACCGUGAACGCGACCGCGAUCGUGGUGACAGGUACGGAGGCCGGGGCGACGACUACGGGCGGAAGCGAUACCAUGAAGAUGAUUCGUAUGAUGACCCCCGUGCGAAGAGAAGAUACUGA